AUAACCAUUAAGAGACCCUAAACUUGUAAACCACAUGAAAACUGAUUAAAAAUUAAAGUCUUACUGAAAAAAGUUCAGAUAUUUGGUGCAAUAAUGUUCAACUAACAUUUUUGAGGUAGAUAUACAACAAUACUAGCUACUGCUAUUAAUUACAUGCAUGAAUCUAUACUACAUGUGGUUAGUAUUAAUGGGGAAUGAAAGUAAACAUACAUAUAGUAGAUGAAGCAUACUGCGCCAUAUACACACUUGUAUAUAUAUAUAUAAAGGGACUUUUACACAAACUAAAUACAUGAAGCAUAUACACUUUCAAAUAAAGCCAUAUACUUCCAUCAAAGUUCCUAUACCACCUAAUUUACCAAACUUAACCAAUAGUGGGAACACUAUGGUGAUCAUUAUUACCGUGCUCAUUUCCAUAAUUGUUCUUUUUUGCCAUUUGUUUCGUAACAAAAAGGGACUCCCAACUAACUGGCCCCUAAUUGGCAUGCUUCCAGCAUUCCUAAAAAAUGUCUACAGAAUCAAUGAGGUUAUCAUUGAACUUAUGGAGAGAUCUGAGUUAACUUUCCAUUUCAAGGGCCCUUGGUUUUCCAACGUGAACUUACUAGUGAGCGUUGAUCCAACCAACAUUAACCAUGUGUUGAGCAAGCAUUUCGAAGAUUAUGUCAAAGGUCCCAAGUUAUAUGAAAUCCUUAGUGAAGCACUUGGAGAUGGAAUCAUCGUUACUGAUUCUACUGUAUGGCUUCACCAUCGUAAUGUAGCUCAUUCUUUCUUUAGUCAUCCCAAAUUCCACCAAUAUUUGGUCGAUGUAACAUGGAAAAAGGUCAAGAAUGGUCUUAUCCCAGUCUUUGACCAUGUUUCUAAGCACAACAUUGAGAUUGAUUUGCAAGAACUCUUCUUAAGGUUUGGAUAUGAUACUAUGUGUACCAUAAUGAUGGACUAUGAUCCGACAUCUCUUUCAAUCGAUUCGCCCGAUUUCCCACUCUUAAAGGCUGUGGCUGAUUUGGAGCAUGGAGCUUUAAUGCGUCAUGUACUACCAACAUGGAUAUGGAAACUCCAAAGGUGGUUAAAUGUAGGAUAUGAGAAGAAGUUUAAGCAAGGUUUGAGAAUUCUUGAUGAUUUCAUUUAUAGGUGCAUAGAUAGGAAGAGAGAAGCAAACGCGAAAGGAGCUUCUUCUAACCCAAAGGAUGAUCAAGACUUUGAGGUGAGUUUUGAUUUACUUACAUUUUUCAUGGAUAAUGAAGAUGAAAACACAAACGAUAAAUUUUUGAGGGACACAAUUACAAACUUUUUUCUAGCAGGAGGAGAAACCACUAGUACUGCUUUAUCUUGGUUCUUUUACCUUCUGUCAAACAACCCACGAGUUUUUCACAAAAUUAAAGAGGAGUUAAACUCGAUAAUGACACUGAAUGAUGACAUUGAAGACAAGAUUUUAAGAAACUUUAAAGAGCUAAGUAGCAAGCUAGUUUAUCUUCAUGCUGCAUUGUGUGAAACAUUAAGAUUGUAUCCUUCAGUACAAUUUAACCCCAAGACACCAGUUGAGCCGCAAAUCCUCCCAAGCGGUCAUCGAGUGAAUCCAAAUACAGAAAUUCUCUUCGACUUGCAUGCCAUGGGAAGAAUGAAAUCGAUAUGGGGAGAUGAUUGCAAUGAGUUUAAGCCUGAAAGAUGGAUAUCAAAAGAAGGGAUGAUUAAACAUGAGCCUUCAUACAAGUUUUCGGUGUUCAGUGCAGGACCAAGGUCUUGCAUAGGCAAGCAGAUGGCUUUCACACAAAUGAAGAUCAUUGUGGCCGCCGUCAUCAUCCAAAACUAUCAUAUAAAAGGAGUAGAAAAGUAUCAUGUUCCUACUGCGUCUAUGGUCCUUCGUAUGAAGCAUGGAUUUAAAGUUAAGAUAUUUCGUUCUUAGUAUUAAUUAUAGCUUAGUGAUGCAAAUAAUGUAUGUUAUACAACAAUCGCACCUACUGGUCAUUCAUGUUUGAAA